AUGGACGACAAAAUGACUCCAUCAUGCGUGUGCAACAUCAGCGCACAAACCCAAAGGGCUGCCUUGCUACGAUCCAGCGACCUCAUCAUAUGGGAUGAACUACCUAUGACCCACCGAUACUGCGUUGAAGCUCUCGAUAGAACCCUAAAAGACCUCAUGCGAAACGACAGACUGUUCGGUGGAAAAACCAUUCUGUUUUCAGGUGAUUGGAGGCAAACUGGACCAAUCGUUAAGCAUGGGUCUCCAACAGAUACGGUUGACGCUGCUGUGAUUUCUAGCCAUCGUUGGAAACACAUUUCCCGCCUAAGGUUGACCAAGUCUCAAAGAGAUAAGGACGACCCAGCCUACGCUUCCUUCGUCAGAAAUGUAGGAGAAGACAAAUUGCCAACCUCCGACUCUCUCAUCAAAGAUGAAAGUUCUACAUCCACAGCUUUCGCUGCACCUGAACACCUCAAUCAGCUCCACGUCUCAGGCAUACCUCCUCAUGAACUACAGCUAAAAUCCAACGGCCUUGCUAUGUUAGUAAGAAACCUCAACUUUGCAGAGGGCUUGGUGAACGGCCAAAAGUGCAUUUUGAAAGGCGUGUCCCCAAACAGUCGCGUCAUUCAGGUCGAGCUUCUUACCGAUGACUUGCCUCACCCCAUCGUCUUAAUCCCCAGAAUAAAUUUCACCGCACAAGUGGGAAGAAAUGGAAUAAGCUUCAUGCGUGUACAAUUCCCUCUGCGAUCUGCUUACGCUAUGACUAUUAACAAAAGCCAAGGUCAAACGCUCAAAAAAAUUGGGCUGGAUCUGCGUUCCUCACCCUUCGCCCACGGGCAGCUCUACGUCGCUUUAACUCGAGCACAAAAACGAUCAACCGUUAUGGUACUCCUGCCGCACUCUCAAGUCGUAGAUGGAGUUCCUUACACUGAAAAUGUCGUCUACGCUCCAUUCACCGAAGCCGCAACAGGCGAGACCAACAACCUCAAUCCGCACAGCGGCACACCUUUAACCUACCAUGAAAUGGUCUUCGCAUCAGAACAAAACGACAUGGGACCGGACUUCCAUGCACACCACCUUCUUCGUGAAUACGAGCAACACCAGGCUGAAUUCGACAGCUACUGCCAAAAUUUAUGGAAUUGGUUGCAGAAUGAGCUGAGGAUAUAAUNCCUUGCUGCUAAACAAUGGUUGCUUUAUUAAGAAUCACUGAUUUCGAGUUCCACUGUUUUCUCGUGAUAGAUUGAACAUCUAAGUACAAAGACAUUAGCUAGCGCGAACAUAGACUUGUCGCGUAUUCAAACCCAGUCUUCUACAGACUCUGUUGUGAUGUUGUUGGUAGACCCCUCGGCGCCUUUUCUUCGAUACGGUAGAGGCCGGCGAGAUUUGAUUUCCGACUUAUGUGCGUACAUAAUAUGAAGGGUACCGCUUACGUAGCAGAAUGUUCCGCUUCUGGGCGUUUCUAUAGGGUUGUUACUGUAGAC